AUGGCCGAAAAGCGCAAACUCCCGGCACGCGAACGUCGCGAACCCGCCGCGAAAAGACGAGCCUCUGAAGCCACGCCCCAACAGAUCCCCCAAACACAGUCAUCGAGCAAGAAAAAGACUUCAACUCCCCCGCCGCCUCCAGAACCCGCAGUUGUCGCGACCCCGUUGCCGAUCAAGAUCAAGGAUGGAGAGGGCCUGCCCACCGUCCCCACGCCGCAGCAAGUCGCGUCGCUUUCGGACAAGGACUAUCAGUCGAUUGCAGAGAGUGCGGUGCUUCUCGCGUCCCUCGAACGGUCGAAGAAAAAAUGGCUGAGCGACGGCAUCCUGGUGCGAUACUGGACAAAACCGAAAAAGACCAAACGAGAGCAAAUCGAAGGCAAGAACCCUCCCAAGGAGUCCAUGUCGAAGGUCGGGCCCUGCCAUAUCAUGGUUGGACCGCAUCUUUUUGAUUGCAUGCUCUACACCGUUAAGGACCCCAAUGCGCCGCCUCCCAUUCAGUAUACACCUCCCCAGCGGCCGAUGGUUCACUACGGACAUCCCAACAACUUCCAGCAAUAUCAUCCUUAUCCUCCUCCACCUCCUCCGCAGCAUCCAUUACCACCGCAGCAAUAUCACCCUCAAACCAUCCCUCCGGGCCCUCCUCCGCCAGGGUAUCAACCAAGGGGCCAGCCUAUGCGUCCGCCUUCGCAGCAGGGUCGUGCUCCUGGUCAAAUGUCCCCUCCUGCUCAUGCUCCGCCUCCGGGCCCGCAGCAGCGUCCGUCGCCUUCACAGCCUGCACAACCGCAACCUGCGAAGCCUAGUCCGGACCCCGUUAUUCAGAUGCUUGCGACCCGAGCAGCUUCAGAUCCAGAGUUGAAGGCCCUGAUGAGAGUGGUGGCAUCGACAGAGGCGACGCAGGAACAACUUCGGGCAUUCCAGGCCCAUAUCGACGAGCUCAAUGCGAUCAUCAGAGCCAGGGAACAGCGGCAACAACAGCGGCAGCAGCAACAAGCUACGCCUACUCGAAGUUAUACUGGUCCUAGUCCUAGUCCCGCUCCUCCUGUUCAAUCUCAACCACCUCCGCCUCCGCAACAAUCUCCUCCAGCACAGCAGACUCCUCAACCGAAAACCCAGUCAAUGCAACCGGUGGAAGUACAGAUUCCGCGGCAUUCACCUUCUGGUAACCCUCCACCGCAGACCCCUAACCAGCAAUCAGCGAGUCAACCAGAGACUCCCGCUCCCCAGACUCAAGUCAAACAGGAGUCGGGCGCCGCCACACCAACCCAACCAACAUCUGUGCAUGUACCACCGCCAGGACCGAAUCCUGGCGUUGCACCAAGCGCACCACCUGUUCAUCCAAACUCUAAACAACCGAGCCCUGCAGUCCGUCCGAUGCCGCAGCCCCCUCCCCCGCAAGCAGCAGGACCACGCCCAGGUGCUCCAUACCCGCCCUACCAACAACCUCCGUACCAAGGCCAGCCUCCAAUCCACUCCCGUCCGCCGCAGUAUGGGUCACCCGCUACUUACUACCGACAAGCACCACCGCCCCCUCCGCCAAGGUUGAACUAUAAGUCGGUGGUAUUUGAAUUUACAUCACCAUUGACUCCGUACGGAAGCAGUACUUCCGGCCACGCGGGAUCUGGAGAUCGCUACCUCUUCCCUGAAUAUACGAUAUUGGACUGGUUGCCAGGAGGGAAUACAGUGCUUGCUUCAUUUCUGGUUGUCAGAAAGGUCGACCCGAAUACCCCGUUCCCUCUAGAAACCGCAACAGAAAUAGCCAAUUCACGAGCAAAAGGAAAAUCAACCAAAUCGAAGAAGUCCGACAAAAAGAAAAAGGGUGACGACAAGGGCAAGGAAGAACCAAAACCCAACCCAGACCCAUCAUCAACAGCCCCCGACUCCAAACCCACCACAGAAGAUAAAUCCACCGAAGCACAAGACAGAAAAGACCAACCCACCACAACCGACUCCAACAACCCGGACCCGACACCAAAACCAGAAGACAAAAAAGAACCCAUCCUAAAAGAAUACUACCAACCCGUAACCUUCCGCAUCACCAGCCCAAAUCCCAAAGUCCUCGAACCCCUAGCCCGCGUCGUCAAGCCCGCCGACGAAGUCCGCAAGUACAUGAAUGAGAUCAUGGACCGAGCGGAACGUGCACCGGAUGGGUUUUUGGCUAUACGGCUGCCGAGGGAGGGGAGUCAGCAUGAGACUGUAUAUGCGCAUGAGGGGGAGAAAGGAACUCCGGUUGUUUCUGGGUCGAGGAAAUCUUCGAGGGGAAGAAAUGUGGUUGUGGAGCAGGAGGAUGCUGUGGAUACGGAGAAUGAAGGUGUCGAGGAGGAAGAGGAGGAAGAGUUGAAGGAUUAUUACGGGCCGCCUACUGGAUUGAGUUUAUAG